AUGUCUAUGGACUUUGAUAGCGGAGCUCUGCAAACACAGCAGGAUGAUGAAGAUGAAUACGAUAGAGAGGAUUACGCCAGAGAGCAAGAGGUGAGCAUGUGGUAAAGAAUUAAAUUGUUAAUAUGAUCUUUACAUCUUAUGGUCUCUGAUGUUUUCACAAAGAGUCAAUAGUAGCUUAGGGAUUAGAAAUUCGUAAAGGAAGGGAGUGUCAUAUAUCGCUGUGAUGUGUGCUCUCCCCUUUCUCCAAAACCACACAGGGGAUUAAUUUACAGAUACCAUCUGCUGCUUAAUAUUAUUAUUGUAAACUUGUGUUACUUAGAUUGCAGAUUCAGCUGGCUUAUUAUUUUAUAUAUUAAUACACAGGCUCACUAUUUAAAUUUCCUAUGUGGGUUGCACUUAUAUUAAGUACCUGCAGCAUGGCAUUUAAAAAAAAAAAAAUAUAAUUUUUUUUUUUUUGUAGAGAUAUGUUUUGCUUUUCAUUAAAACAAUGAAUAAGCAUUGGGCUACAGAACAUUUGUGGUGACAAACCUGGGAAGUAGCUUAUAACUUGUAUUUAUUUGGAAAAUGGUUCCUUUUAAAAUUAUCUGCCCUAUUGAAAUGGUGGCACAUGGGUCAGUAGAGUAUUGUCAUGACUGAACAAGAUUAAGAAAGUGUUUCUAAAUUGCUGUAUCUUACUUAUUGGAGCUAUAGAAGCUUCUCUAUUUUUCCAUUUCUCAUCAGAAAAUGAGUGUGGACUGUACGCUGUACCUGUCAGUACUUUGGACUGCUCUAAAACCUUACUAAAUGUUCUAUUACCCUUAAAACAGCUUCAACAGUUGCUAACUGAUCUUCCCCAUGAUCUUCUUGAUGACAGCCUGUCGUCGUCUCCGGAGCCUAACUACAGCGAUUGCAGUGGCCAUGAAAUAUCUGAACAGUAAGAAUUCCAUCUCGGGUUAUUUAUUUAUUCCCCCUACCCCCAUAUCCCCCCUAUAAUUUACUAUUUACACACUGUACAAUAAAACAGUUUGUCAAUGAAAACAUGCUGCAAUGCAGUGUACUCUGAUUACCAUUUCUCGCCUAUUUAACUCCAUUGUAAUGCCAGCUAUACACUCUUGACAGCAUGACAAUCUGAGCAACGCUAUUCCCAAGGCAGGCUUAUCUCAGGUGGCAGCCAUGUAUUUAUACAUAUGGAAAGAAGGCAGGUCGGUUAAUUGGAUGGCAGCUGAGCAGUUGGCCCUUUACGGGAGGUACUCAGACUGGAAGGCACCAGGCUGUAACCACCAUUGUAAUUAAAAGUGUAUAUAGAGACAUUCAUAUUUUAUAUUGAGACAGAACUUUUAAUGCUAGUUUGUGUAUGUUUAAAAUAGAUUUUAGGAGAAUAGAGGAGACUUGACUGGAAGGAGAACUUGAUAUAGGUGGGCGUUAACAGAGUGCGUAAACAAACUAAUAGAUUAUUAACCUGCACCAUAAAGGAAAAUUAUAUGGAGAACGCUGCUGAUCUGUCACAUAGUAAAAAUGUAUUUUGUCCAUUACAUCAGCUUUUAUGCUUGAUAACGAAAUAUAACAUCUUUUUAUACUUAUUUUGCAUGUAUCAUUUUAUAUAUAUAAAUUUUUUUUUAUUUUUUUAUUGUAGAAAUCAACAUUGGGAGCAUGAGACAAGCUGGGACUCUGCAAGAGGAAUAACAAAUCAACAACAACAACUGCCUGUAAGUGUCAAACAUUAAAGUGAUCCUGAGAACCUAAGGUUUGUUUUUCAUGGCAAAUUUGGUAUUUUUAUUUUUAAAAUUUUUAUUUCUAUCAGCAUUAUGCAGGUAACCAAUAUUCCACGGAUUAUUUUGGAAAACAAGAACAUCUUAGAAACAAUAUGGUUGCAGAGAAGAUGUCCAAUGGAUGGCCUGCCCUCCACAGUGAUGAUGAAAGGAAUGUGUUUCAUGCCAAGUACAAUUAUCCUGAAAUGCAUGCUAAUGAUGAAUCUAACGUGGAAGACUUUCAUGAUAACAACCAUUAUGAUGCAGGAGACCCUUGUUCAAAUAGUGAUUUAUAUCACCUUCCAGAGGAUUUUCAGCCAUACACCAAAAGCCAUCAUCAAGAAGAAGGUUUUCCAGGUCCCCAAAAAGAACAUUUUCAGGUUUGUAGUGUAACAGGCAAAAUAAAGUGAUUUAUUAAGUAUUUUACCAAGACGAAUGCAUUGUAUAUCUUUUAGGUAUAUUCUGGGGCACACAUAGUAGUUGCAUAUUUACUCCCUUAUUGGGAGUUAUUCAAUAUACUAUAAAACUUUACCACCAGUUAAGCCACAAUUGACCCUUACAAUUUUUACUUGUAGAAGAUAAUAACAAAUAGGACAAACAUGUUUUGAGGUUCGUGGGGGAAGAUACUAGUAAUGCAUAACUUGUUCUUGUCCUGUGUUCUACCAAUUGUAAGGAAAUAUUUUAUACCAAUUAAUUUCCUUGGUUUCAAUUUCGGGCUGUUAGGCUUAAAUGGUUACUUCGGGGAAUUUAAGUGGUCAUGGUUCUUGGAGUCUGUAUUCAGUGUUUUUUAAUAAGAAAUGCUGCAAACAUCCAUUAUAGUUAGAAUAGCUGCCACAGGUGUAAGUACAGCUCUGGCAGCAUCAUUAGUCGGCUGGCUGAGGUCAAUUCUGUGCAUGUUCCCUGAACAAAAGUUCGUUCAUUCAUUGGCCGAGAGCACUCCUCUGAAGCUAUCAGCCAAUAAAUGACCACCACUGCACACCAGGAACACCCCACAAGACUUGCCGUUUUGGAGAUGCUCUGACCUAGUUGUUUAACCAUCACUAUUUGGUGAAAGUCACUCAGAUCUUUUUGCUUGCCUAUUUGUCCUGCCUUCAGCAAAUGAAAUUCAAGAACUGACUGUUCACUUGUUGUCUAAUAUAUGACACCGAUUGACAGGUGCCAAUGUAACAAUAUAGUUCAUGUAACUCACUCCUCCUGUCAGUGUUUUUGAUGUUGUGGCUGAUCGGUGUAUCUUGUAAAGCUGCAUGUACCCACAAAGACAUACAUUUGUGUUACUGCAUUGAGGCUGCAAUAGUAUUUUAUCCAAAUUAUUGGAUUUUUUUCACUUUGAAUUCAAGUUUUUAACACCAAAUGUGUUUUACAUCUACAGUGUUUUUAACAAUAAUGUGAAUGUUUGCGCAUAAAAAGAAAACCUAAACAAGAAAAAUGUUAAAUCCUAUACAAUAUUUCUUAUACGUGAGAUUUUAUUUUUAAUGAAACUCUUUGAGUCUGAGUGAGCAGUGUGGUGAAGUCCCUGGAGCCUUGCUCAACCAUGUGGCACUUUAUUUGCAGAGAUUCAUUCCAUCAGAAGUAACGAACAGCCAGCCCACAGAGUCCAUUCAAGUAAAGUACCACCCAUACCAAAUAAAUGCGGCACAGAAAGAUUUGACGUCUCAGGAUCCGGCAAGAUGUGGUGACAAAUUUGAUGAUCUUCAAAGAGAGUUCUUGGAUACUGGUGAAAGUAAGUGGUUCAUACAUUCUCUCAGUAAGUAGUAAAUGCAUUGAUAAAGCAACACAGUUUAAAAAAUGUCAAACAUUCUAUCUUUCUAUCAGGUUCUACAAGUAAUAUGCAGUAUGUACAGCUUCAAGUACUUUACAAAGCAAGAGGGAGACAGCUUCAAGAACUAAAUGAGAAGUUAGAAGAAAGUCAUCAGCAAAUGAGAUUUCUCAAUCAUCAGCUUGCAAUAGUCAAAGGUAUAUCAUCUCCUGUGCUGGUGCCCUAAUAAUGUAUGCACAACAAUGAGGUUUUAAUAACAGUUUCUUUAUUUAAAUUGAUAUUCUAAGCACCAGCAAAGUACCGAGCACUGAGAAAAGGCAAUGCCACCUGUAAUUGCUAUCACUCAGACAUCCAGUAGAGGGGCUUCCUGAUGUGGUCCUGUAAUCUUCACGCCCUGCAUGGAAAGGCCGAAUGCUUCCCUACGAUAUCAAUUGAGUCACUGCAUCUCUUUGACUCAGGAGAUGUAGAUUGGUGCAACAAUUACAGCACAUGCGCACUAGCUCCUUCCUAUGGUCAAGCAUUGUAUUGGAAGAGAUCAUCAGUAAUGAUGAUUUCAGCUAGGGGAGGAGCGGCAGCCUCAGUGGGAACUGGGCACGGGGAUAGAAAGUGAAUAAUAUCACUUUAUUGUAUUUUGUGUGGAUCCACAAAUCUAAAUAGCCCCUAGGUCACUCCAGUAUUUGGAAUACAUGUAUAUAUUCCUUUUCGUGUUCCUUUGUACAUGGGCAAGCGAUUUCUCAAGAUUUCCGUGUAAAAAAAAAAAAUCAAAAAAAAAAAUCACAAUGUCAAGGGUUACUUCGAGAGAAGAUUAAAAAAAUUACUUUUACAAGUUUAGAGGGACACUGUAGGCACCCAGACCACUUCAGCUAAUUGAAGUUGUCUGAAUGCUUGACCCUUUGUUGAAACAGUGGCUGUUUCCAUUGCAGCUCUAAGUGUCUGCCCUCUUUGGCUGUCUACCAGACAGCCACUAGAGGGCUUCCAGGAUUCCAAACGGAUUUUUGGUCCGUUAUCUGACGCUGGACGUCCUCAUGGACCUUCAGCGUCUGAUUUUCCCCAUAGGAAAUUAGGUCUCCCCCUCCCCCCCCCCCCACGGCAGACGGCGGGGGAGGAGCAUGGGCAGAGCCUGACCCAAUGCCGAGGGACGGUGGAGCCUGACCCAGCACUGAGGGACAUCAGCGCUGGGUUCAGGUAAGUGGCUGAAUGGGGGCCCCGAGGGAGGGUGGGACCUAAUAACCCUAUAGAGCCAGGAAAACGGCUUUGUUUUCUCCUGGCACAAUAGGAUCCCUUUAAUAGCACAAACAAUCCUUGCAUUUAUUUUUUUCCAGUUUGCAUACAAGUAAAGAUGUUUUUUUUUUUUUUUGUUUAAAAUUUUAUACAGCAUUUCUAGGACCAUCUGAGCUGUUUUUUUACAAGUUAUUUGAUUAAAAAUAAAGUUGUGUAUGAUUCUUAUUUGUAAUUCAGAUGAGAAAGAUGGCUUGGCUAUUAGCAUGAAAGAAUCUCAAGCACUGCUUCAGAACUCCAAGGAAAUUGAGAUUCAGUUAAAAGGACAGAUGACCGCUUUGGAGAAAACUGUGGAGGGAUUAACUUCUAAUGAAGAGCAGGUAAGUGGUGGCUGUAUUUGCUUAUAUAUAUGGGUGUAUCAAACUUAUCUAUUCUUCAUGGCAAGAAAUUAUUGCUGUUGUAAAUAAAUGUUUUCAGAUUUACUCGCUACUUGGCUAGGCUAGCAAAUAGCUAAAUUAUAAAAUUCUCCAAAUCCAUUCUAUGUUUUUCUAUGUGGUUGCUUCAGCCUAAAUUUGAUAUUCACUUAGAAAUUUCACGUUCGUGAAUAACCCUGAGAGUCAUUUUUCAAUUUGAAGUCAUAGCAACCCAAAUGGAAAAGCUCCCCAAGUCACCCGUGUUUCCAGUUUUGCUUCUAUGGUCUAAGUUUUUUGAAAUUAACUUUCAAUUUACGGCUGUUCAUCCUUUUAGUUAAUAGCCCUGUCUUGUUCAUUAUGACACACAUUUUUUGCAUUAACUUGAAUAUUUUAUUGAUAAUGAAGUAUCCGUAACAAUUGGUAAAACCUCUUUAUUUAAACUUUAUUAAAUUCCUACAGCAUGGUUUAUAUGGCUAAUUGUUCCCAUUCAUCAACCUCAUGAGAAUAUUGGUGAAUGAACAGUUUUUGACAGCUGUGGACUAUAUUUGCCCCACUUGAUUCAAAAGUAGUGCAGUCCAUUGGUUUCCAUGGAAUUCUCACAAUGUUCCCAAAGUUGCUCCAGAAUUUCUCUUUACACGUAACCCCAACUGAUUACAUUUCCUAUAAAAAUCUGCCCACCUGCAGGAGUGUGUAUAUAAUGCUAGAGUGAAGACAUGCGGGCAUGUUGGAUGCUUGUGUAGUAACUUGUAACUUUUUUUUAUUUCAGUUGAGAAAGGAAUUAAAAGUAGCCAAGGUUGCAAUGGAGAGCAUGCAACAGCAAGUUAUGGACAUGUGCCGCUCUGAUUCUAUACAACGAGCACGAGAGCAACAUGAAGCUGUUGUGUCAGUGCUUACAAAGAAGCAUGAAGAGCAAGUGUUUGUAUUGCAGCAAAAAAUGGAUGCAGUUAAUGCUGCGCUUCAGGAACAAGUAUGUCUAAGACUGUAGGAAACUAACUUUCUUUUCAUUCUGAUAUAGUUCCAUGUUAGUGCAAUUACUCGUAUAGUUACCUGAUAGUGUGCGUUGAGCCUUAUAUUCUGAACAUUUAGAAUAGAUUACAUGUGUGUGUCUUUAAACAUGUUAUAUCUUAACGACUGCAAGACGUUACAGCCCUGCAUUGCAUGAUGGCAUAGAUUGUCAUGCAUUAGAGGUUCCAGCAGGGUUAAAUCCGUGCAAGUACCAUUGAGCCUCAGGUAUCAUCCGAUACAGUCUUAAUUAGUGACAGACUGACCGGUGAGGUAUGUGCAGUGCUCGACGUGACUCUGCACAUGGCCCUUUUAAAUUGCUGCGACUUAGUGUUCAAGCUCGGCAGCGGUGAUUCUGAGUCUGCCCUUAGUAUGAAAAGAUCUUGGUGAGGUCCUUCCACCAUGCCCCACUACCCAGUGAUAGAUGCUUGGCUUUGCCUGCUGCUCAGCACCAAUCCGUUUCAGGAGCUGCAGCAUGUGAGGGAGAUGUCAUGCUGCAAUCACAUAGUACACAGUGCUCGGAAAGGGGCGUCUCUGCUGUUGUUGGUUCUGACUUCAGCAGAGGGAAUCCCUCUGAGGUGGGUUUAGGAGUUCGAUUAGGGUAGGGUUAUAGGUGAGGUCAAUGGUUACAUUAAGGAUUGUAUUACGGGUAUGCAUAGGGCUAGAUUAGAGGACAAGAUAUAAAGGUGGGAUACCUUUUUUGGGGGGGGGGGAUUCUGUGCUUAUAAAAGUUGUAAUCUCAGCAUACCAACUUUUUCAGAGCUUUAGUUUUACUUUUAAAACCGUAAUUCACUCCAGGGUAGGCUUAAAGGACCACUCUAGGCACCCAGACCACUUCAGCUUAAUGAAGUGGUCUGGGUGCCAGGUCCAGCUAGGGUUAACCCAUUCUUUCAUAAACAUAGCAGUUUCAGAGAAACUGCUAUGUUUAUGAAUGGGUUAAGCCUUCCCCCUAAUCCUCUAGUGGCUGUCUCAUUGACAGCCACUAGAGGCGCUUGCGUGCUUCUCACUGUGAUUUUCACAGUGAGAGCACGCCAGCGUCCAUAGGAAAGCAUUAUGAAUGCUUUCCUAUGUGACCGGCUGAAUGCGUGCACAGCUCUUGCCGCGCGUGCGCAUACAGCCGACGGGAGGAGAAGAGGAGGAUCGGAGGAGGAGAGCUCUCCGCCCAGCGGUGGAAAAAGGUAAGUUUUACCCCUUUCCAGAGCCGGGCGGGAGGGGGUCCCUGAGGGUGGGGGCACCCUCAGGGCACUAUAGUGCCAGGAAAACGAGUAUGUUUUCCUGGCACUAUAGUGGUCCUUUAAUGCAUGGCAAAAGUGCCAAAAAGGCCUUGAUCACCAAGGGGAUGGUGCUGCCUCCGCCCCCGCCCCCUUGGUGACCUCAUCAAAAGUUCUAAACACAGUUUUGGCCAAUCAGCACCUCCUCAUAGAAAUGCAUUGAAUCAGUGCAUCUCUAUGAGGAAAAUUCAGUGUCCCCAUGCUGAGCGUGGGGACGCUGAAUGGCAGGUCUGCCUACUGUUUCAGCCCUGAGCCAGGAAGCACCUCCAGUGGCCAUCGGAGAAGUGGCCACUUGGAGGUGUCCCUAGGGGUGAUGUAAACACGGUCUUUUCUGUGAAAAAGCAGUGUUGACAUGAAAAUGCCUGGCAGUUGCUAUUAUACUCACCAAAACAACUACAUUAAGCUGUAGUUGUUCUGGUGAAUAUAGUGUCCCUUUAACAAUGUUUUAAUGACUUCUAAUGUUUGAGUAAAGUGUUUAUCCUAAUUGGCUUUGCUUUCCCUUAUAUCAGAAAGAAGAAUGCUGCCGAUUGCAGAACCUGGUAGCGCAAGCUGAACGGAAACAAGAAGAAAGCAAAGUGGACAAAACUGAAAUAAUAAACAGGCUGACUAGGAGUCUCGAGGAAUGUCAGAAGCAGUGUGCUGAUCUUUUGCAGACCGGUAAGAGGUUUUGCUCAUGGCUUGUAGAGCUCCAUAAUAGUUUACUUAUUUUCUUUUAUUGCACAGUGAAUGCAUACUGUAGCGUUUAGCUGGGCAGAAAGCCAUAUAGUCUGAAGUGGGAACAGAUCCGCUCAGAACUCCAUCUGAAAAACACGCUGAGUACCAAAUGCAUUGAUGAAGUAGCAUGGUGGAGUUUUUUUCUUAACUUUAUUAUAACUAUAAAGAAGAUACUUGUCUUCAUAAGCAAUAACUGCCUAUACAUGUCAUUCAUUUUUUUUUAUUUUCCUCCUGCUUGUUUGAGUCACUGUAAUCUACACCUUCAUUGUCUGCUUGGCAUUCUGUGUUAAAUCGGGAACCCAUAAUAAUUCAUGAACACUUUAUUUUACCCUCCACUGUGAAAAGCUGCAGGAACACUGUUUUAAAAAGAAAAAAAAAAUCUAUUUUUAUUUAUACUAAAAGGACAUGUGUAUAUUUUUUGUAAAACAUUUCAGUGCAGCUCUUAUUCCAUUUUUGCUCUCUUUGGUCAAUAGCACAAUGUAUUUACGUAUGUAAAUGUAUUAAGACCACUAUUUUCACAAUUUGAAGGUUUGAAAUCCUCCUAUAUUGCAUUUCUGAAAUACCUGCUUGAACAUCUGGGAACAUUCACUAGCUCUCAUAACUUGCAAGGAUUUUUGGUCUGACAAAUCGUGCCUCUGACUUAAAACUACUUAAAAAAGGCUGCCCCCAUACAGCAUGGUUAAGCCAGGAGAGUCACUGAAUACAGGCAAUUACUUAUACAUUAAAAAAUGGAUACAAAGUGUUUUAUCUAAUACAUGUAAUCUUCUAUUUUAAGUAGUAAAACAAGGAUGCUAGUUUUCCUCUAAAAUGCAAUUGCAGAGGUUUAAUAAUAUUUCAUAUUUGAACAUUUUUGUAUUAAUACUAUGUAUUUUAAAUGUAUGCUUUCAAAUUUCCUUAGGGUCCAUACAAGAAGCAACACAGUUACGGAUGCAGCUUCAACAAGUCCAAUCUUCUAAAAUCAUAAGUGAUGGCAUGAACAAAGCCUUGCAGGUCAGUCUUUUUAUCAUAUUUUUAAAGAUUUGCACAUUAGUCUGCCCAUUCUUGCUUUUCCGUUGAGCUCCAUUUUUUUAUUUUAUCCCCAAUUUGCAGACCUGAAAAUAUCAUGGCAUCUGAUGUGCCCAGUGUGAUUUAAUCAUACUAUUUUGCUUGCACAUCAUAUUGCCGAAUAGUGAUGUCGCGAACCGUUCGCGAACAUGCGAACUUGAAGGCAGCUUCAACAUGGAUGCUGUCCAGGAGGUGGGAGGGUCUGGGAGGGAGGGUCUGCCGGAGAUUGGCAGGGAUGUGUCAGCUGACCGGAGUUCGCCGCGAAUGAUUUGUGGCGAACCGUUCGCGGCAAGUUCACGAACGGUUCGCGACAUCACUAUUGACGAACAAAGGCUAACACAAGUGGCUUUAUAAUCCUGAAAAACAACCCCUUAUGCCUAAUGCUUUAAAAGCAGAGUCCAGAGACAAUAAGGUCAUCAAACACCAUUAUUCAAGUCAUCCAGAUGAGAGAGGGAAAAACUAUCAAACCUACAUGCUGUUACUCUCUUCUGUUCAUUUGCAUCACAUCAAUUAGUAUGUGGAGUAGCUGUGAGUGUGAUGGCUUUUAUACAGCCAUGCAUUGUAGCUAUUAUAUUUAAAGGGACACUCCACUCACUAGAUUUUUGUGCUGUUCAGUUUUGUAUCUUUUUGCAAAACCAUAAAUGUAUUCUGCAUCUAAUUCAGCAUCCUUUGUCCUCCCUCCUCCAUUCUAAAAUGCAUUAUUUUCGGUGGUUAUUGUAGCUGUUAUGCAAAGCCCACCAGUCUGUCCUUCUCUUGUGAUCUGUUUUCUUUUUCUGAUAAAGUUGUUGUUCUUGUCAUUUGGAAGUACAGCAAAUAUUUUGGGAGUUGUAGUUUAGCCUACAUCUUUCCUAAGAAAAAAACAAAAAAACUAAUGUAGAACUGAAGCACAAGUUUAGAAACCCAUGCUGUACCCAAAAUGACCUGCGCCAACUUUUGGUGUCUUCAGACUUUCAAUGAUCUCAUUAAUCUCAUCCUUCAGGAUAGAACUAGUGAUUAUUUCCUACUCAUAAACACAAGCACAAAUAUUUGAAUCAUGGGGCUGACUACCUUUGAUAAUAUCACAUGGCUUGUCUUUUUGUUCUGGGUUUUGUUGGUGUUUUUAUUUUUUUUAUUUUUUUUUUUUUAUUACACAAUCAUUUCCAGUAUGACUAUUCCUCUUAUACCACUUAACAAUUUGAAUGUCAUGGACUCUUAUUAGAUUUUGUGAAGUGUAUAUCUCAGUCAAUGAGCCUCUUUUGACUCAUGUUCUUACCCCUUGCCAUUGCACCUAAUGAUAUUAAGGUAGCCUUUAAAUGCAUGUGUUCCUUUUUUGUUUUAAAAUUAUCAAAUCAAUUUUUUUUUUCUUUUUUCAGGAUGAAAUUAAUGAACUGAAAGAGCAAAUUACAAUGUAUGAAUCUGCAGCCAACCUGGGUGUUUUCACAAGCCCGUCAGAGCAAGAGCUUUCUGACUCGUAUGCUGAUUUGGGAAUUAAAAAAGUCAACUGGCGCAAAUCACAGCUCCACAGGUAUUGAGUCCCCUUUGUUGAAUCUUUUGUGCAGCUUCCAAACAUAUUUGUCUUUGAGCUGUAAUCCUUGGGUUUAAUUCUUUGAACUGUAAAUUGUGGUGAUUUGACAAAGGAAUUGUACAAUUUCACCAAAAUGGCAACACUGAAAAUAUACUUGUCACUUUUUCACAACUCUCAGUUUAGUAAAUUUACAGCAAUGUUGGCUUCAUAGAAUAUAAACUAUUUAUUUGUGUUCCCAUGGACACUGUAUUCUAGAAGCUAUUUUGCUACGAAAUACUUAUGUUUCCAAAGAAAUAACUGGAGUUCAAAUGAUAAGAGCGAUGCAUUUAACUGCCUUUCAUAUUUAUUUUAUUAGCGCUUUACAUGGGAAAUGUAUAUUGUGAUUUCUCUUGUUUCCCUGUUCGUCACGGACUGUCAACCAAUACAGUCUUUUGACAUUGUCAUGCAUUUCCUAUACACAAAUUAGAUAACCAUUAUUAGUUGGUGAAGGUUUGUAUGAUUGGAGAUUGAGUUCCUUCUAGUGAUUGCAUGCUUGUGGAAAGUUUGGUGUUUUCUGCUAGGUUAUUCAUCUCUUGUAAAACUCUGCGUGAGAAGGAUGCGUGACUUCCGAGCAUGCUUUUUAGAUAGUGUGAGGACAUUAUACACCAGGCAGAAUUGAUGAUGUUGAGAAAUCUAUCCUGAGUGAAGCAUUCAUGUUACUUCGCCUUCUCAAACAUUUCAGCCAGAAUUCCCUUUAUUAAUAUUCCCUUUUUAAAUUUUCUUUCUUUUGUUUGUUUCCCUUCAAAAACUUUACAGGCUCAUUUUAAUGAAUGGCAAAAAUGUAUCUUUCUUCUAGGCAUUGCUCUUUUCAGUGUAAUGAAAUCUCCUCUUUCUAUGUCUGCAGGGCUAUACACGGCAAUGGUGUCAGGAAAGACUUUUCUACAGAUGACAUUAUUAAUGAGCUUAAAAGUGAACUUGAACGUUGUUUAACUAGUAACCGGACAAAAAGGCAGCAGAUUAUCCUACUGCAGUCAGAGCUGAAAGUGUCCCAUUCAAAAACUGAAGAAAUGAAAAAAUCACUUGAAAAAGCAGAAAGAAAUGCUCGUGACUGUGAGGUAAGCAGCUUGCCAGCUCUUCUAUUAACUCUCUAAAUAUGAAGUGCGUUAAGAGACCCUAGAAGUGAUGUCAAAGCGGACUUCUGUUUCCAUUGAACACUGCGAAGAAAUUGUCUGAGAAAGGCCCUCUUCACCUCCUGUACAGCUGUUUAACAUGUAGGCACUCUCUAAAAAGGCAAUAAUAAUGCCAAGUAGACCGUUACAUAUUUCUAUACAGUUCUCACUAUAAACACAUGAGCACACUUGGCUAUUAGAAGACGAAUUGUUUCAUCCAAAAUGAUUGAGGGCAUUAUGGAGAUUCUUAACUUAACUUGACUUACAUGAUUACUCUGUGUACACACAGAUUGUUUUUAGACGUAUUUCAUCAUAGCCAGCCAUGUGUGGCCCAGAUUUAAUACUUUUGGAUAACCUGUUCAAAUUAUUUAAUAUUUUUGCAUGAACUUAUUAAAUGCUUUGAUUAUUUAAUAAUAUAUAUAUAUAAAGUAUUUGUAAAGUUUAUCCCAAAAAUAUUAAAGUGAGGCCUAUGUAAGGGUACCCCUGUAUGUAUGUAUUGGUCACAGCUAUUUUGUACUACAGAAUUAAUAAUAUGUUUCUGACUAGAUUUAGAAAAGAAUGUCUCCCUGUUUUAGAAUUCUAAAUGAGAAACCUGAAUACAUGAUAACUAUGAGUUGGUUGCAUACAGUGUGUAUUUUUGUUGACUUGCUCUCCCUUGUCUGCCUAGAUUAGAACCGGUAGCUUGGAGAGGCAGUUGGAUCCAGCGUUCCCAUAUAGCCAAGCAUCAAACGAGGCUCUCAAGGAGGAAAUUCAGAAACUUCAAAAAGAGAGGCAGCUAUUGCAACAGGACAUUGAGGUAUGUCCUGAGUGCUGGACAUUGUGAUUACCACUGCUGAUUUAACUUGUACUUGUCUAUCCUACUAUCGAAUAUCCUACUGAUCUUAUACUGAAGAGAGGGUUUAUUACCUUUUGAGUUUAUUGUAUUUUAGUGCAUUUUGUCUAUGUAAUACAUUAAGAAAUGACAGGAGGACAGGGAUCAGGAUCAAAGUUUACAGAAUACAUUAGAAAAUAUGCUGUGCUAUGUUAUUGGCAACUAUAAUGUUAUCAGCAACUGUUACAAAAAAAAAACAAAAAACCAAAGCUUUGCAUAUAUAAUAUUGCAAAAAAUAAAGCUUCCAUAAUGGUCGCACCCCCAUUUUAAAGAAUGGAAUUAUGUAUAAAAUCUGCGACCAUUAUGCGGUGAAAUACGGUAACUACCAUCAGGUAAAAAUGAAUGUAUAUUUUACAUAAAAAAUACUUGUCUGUAUCAACCCAGCUGCCAUUGCAUGUUUUUGGACUGUUACAUAUGAGACAUUAUCCUUUUACACUUUGCUUCUUUUCAUGCCUCCCUAGAUGCAACAAAUGUGUUCAUUGCACACGGUGUAUAUUGGAUACCUGCCUAGCUUAUGUUUGGAGAUUCCCUAUCUCAUAACUGCAGUGUGCCACCCACCCAUUGCAUUUAGAUAUUUAAGGAUCCUUUAUUUUUGCCAGUUAAAUAAUCUAUUUUUUUUUUGUGGGCACUGUAAGUGGUUUUAUAGACAUCAAAGUUGUUCCAAAAGACUAUAGGUCUUCUCCUUUUAUGGUCAUUUGAAUGCUAUAUCACAAGUCACUAUUAAGUCAUGAUUAUUCCUAUAUAAUGAUAAUAAAGUAUUUGACCUGGAAAGGUACAUUCAGAUAUUCUCUGGUUUCUAAGUACGUCCUGGGGAUGUUUACUUUUUGCCCAACAUUCAGGGGAUGUUAUAUUACCCAGUUUAAUAGUACUCAUUUUAACCCCCGUUACCCCCAAGGAUUGAACUCUUCUGAUGAUGCAUUAACACACUGUGCUAUCUCACUGGCCUACGAUAUAGGGUGUCUCUUUGAAAGCUAGAUUUUUGUAUUCAUUUUCUUGUUUCCUUCUCAUUCAUUUUAUUUUUACAUCUUUAUUUUUUUGUUAUUGUAGAAAUAUGUGUUGUGUAUUCAAGAAUAUAAAGCAAAUGAAGAAAAAAUAAAAACGGCCAAUCAAGAACUCUGCAGCGAAAUGAGAGGAAUGAUCCAGGACUUUGAUAAAGAUAAAAAGGAGGCCAUAGAGAGGUCUGUUCGAUACUGCAAUGUUGUUGGCCUCCGUAGUCCUUAAAACAUGUAGACACACUUUAUUUCAUGCCUUUAUAUAUUUAACCAUUUAAAAAAAACCUAGUAGUCAAAAACGUUUUGGAUAGAUUAUGAAGUUCUUUCUUUGGUCAAACCACUCUUUUCUUUUAAAGAGGCACUCCAGACAUUCACAGAUCUUUGGUGCAAUAUGUUGGUUCGCUACAAAAAGAAAAAUAGAAAAGAGAGAGAAAAUAUAUAAUAAUUAUUGCCUAUGUAUACCUCCUAGAUGGGGGAUAACCCCUGUGGAGAAAUGGAAAAAGAAAAGAAGCAGAUGAUACAACGUUGUAUAUAAACAAUGGAAUACUAAAGAAAAAUAUUAUUCAAUUAAAACAUAACUUUUAAUAAAAAGGGAUUCACAAAAUAACUGUCCCUAUUGUGCCUUCGAGGGCACUCCUUACCUCUAAAUUAACCCUAGACUGGAAUGCAAUCCACCCGCUCCAGAAAUGAAUCUAAUGCAAAAUAACGAGAUGCCAAAAAACGUAAAUAAAGAAAAAGAAUAAUUCUUAGAAGCCAGAAAUAACUGCAAGCAGCAUAGUGGACACAGCAAUGUCCCGGAGCCCCUUAGCGGCGGGUGGAUUGUAUUGCAUUCCAGACUAGGGUCAUUUUAGGGGUCGAAGGUCCAAUAGGGACAGUUAUUUUGUGAAUCCCUCUCUCCCUUUACCCUACCCUGUUCUAUAUUUGAUAUUACUACAGGAUUUUUUUACCUUCAGUGUUAGACACUUUAAUAAGUUAUUUAUACUCUUCUAACCACAGAAGCUGUUACUUUUGUUACAUUCCUGUAGUCACUGUGGUACAUAGUUGCCAUAGAAGAGCCAGAAUUAUUUCUGUUUACCAUCUAGCAAGUGACUAUUAAGUGUCAGUUGACACCUUGUUAUCAAACAGUCUAAUUGACACGUAUUGAGUGACCUAUAUUAUUGUUUCUUUUUUAGGAACACUUACUAUUUUUCCUUCGGUGUGGACCAGCCUCUGCUAUUUUUAAUUUUAUGCUGUGUAUGUGUAUAUAGUACUAUUGGUUUUGUGAUGCAGUUGGUCUCUUCUGUCCUAUGAGACUUUUUUUUUUUUUUUUUAGGAAUUUACACUUUUAAUAAGUUAUGUUUUAAUUGAAUAACAUUUUGCUUUAGUAUUCCAUUGUUUAUAUACAACAUUGUAUCCUCUGCUUCUUUUCUUUUUCCAAUAUGUUGAUUCGGGUAUAGUUUUCUUUUAUGCUCGCUGUGUUUUUGUUUUUUUUGCUCCAAAAAUAUUGUUGACAAUUAUAUCACGAAUGAGGUGUCGGGAAGUUGUGGUUUAGCUGUUGGCAUUUGAUAGUUGAAAGCUAACAACUGAACUACAACUCACAUAAACAUUAAGCUCGGCAGUGCUAUAGAAUAUUUGCAGAGAUUUGCAGCAUAUGCAGGAACGUUAAAGGGUUACACCAACCCAAAAAAUCAGUGUUUUAACAAAAUAUAGUUUUUGGUGAGAUUAUGGCAGCCCCCUCCUGUUCUGGGCAUACUAAUGAUGCCUAAGAAAUGAAUUAUUAUAGUUGGCUUACCUAUAUAUUUUUGUAAGUCUAUAAAUAAUUCAAAAUUGUUUACUUUGUGAUUUGGGAAACAUUUGAGACCUCUAUCUAAAACCUGUAUCCAUAAAAUAGAGGUGUGUUUGUUACAUUAAAAAUUCAGUUCUGUAUUUCCUUUGGUGCUAAAACUGGUCCUUCUUAUUCUCUAUCUAUCCUUUCUUGUUUUUGUGAUUUCCCCAUCCGUCGGCUAAGGGCUAUAUAUAUGCACAUAGUCUCCAACCACUUUAUCAACUUUAAAUAACUUGAAGUUGUUAUGGUGCUUGGACUAACCUUUUAAAUAUAAGGUUUUAUUGUUGUUAAUAAUAAUAAACAAUGUACCAUUUAUAGCUCCAGCCUUGAGUGGCCUUUUUAAGCUCCCAAGAUGAGACCCAUUAAAAACAACAGUUUUCUUCAUUUCUUAAAAUUGAUGAAUUGUAGAUUCAGACAUUUGGUUUCCAUUCAACAAGCCCUCUUAUUUGUCAGUUUGAGUCCAUUAUUGCAUAUUAAUCAUGCAGUUAAAAAUGUUCAUAUGGUCACGCUUCCUUGCACCAUAGGGGAAUUCACAAUUGUGACAAAUUACUGGUUUUUGGCAGUUAGCCAUUCUUAAUAACAAAUGGUGUCUGGAAGACAUGUCAUGUUGUUUUUGUUUUUUUUUUUUAUUUUUAUUUAUUUAUUUUUAAGAAAGUCAACCAUAUUGAAUUAAAAUGUAAAUUGCAAAAUUGAAGCAAAAAUUUGUUUGUUUUUUUCAUCAUUUUUUAUCCUUCAUUUUGCUAUAUGGAUUUUAUCGAACAACCCUACUAAAAUACUGAUCUACUAGAGAACACUUGGAUGUUCAAACAAAUCAAAUAAUUCAUCCAAGCAUAUGCAUUUUUUUUUUUUUUUUUUUUAGGUUCUAACCUGUAAAUGUCACUUUCACCCGAUUGCUAAUGAGCUUAAUUUAACCCUGAAGUGUCUAUCACCUCUGCUUUUCACUUGUUUUAAUGAUGUUAAACAUCUGGAAAUAGGCAUGACUGUAAUUCAUUUUUGAGCCAAGAGUUUUGUCAUAAAGUAUUUAUAAUUAUUUGCAAAAUGGUUUCUAAGUUGAGUGUUUAUGUACCAUUACAGGUGUGAGAGGACGUAUGAACAACACCAUGAAGAUAUUAGGAAACAUUUGCAAAUGGAGAUUUCGGAGAGGUUUACUUCAGAAAAGGAGCAAUUAUGCCAAAGUUAUGAGGAAAACCUUUUACGGUUACAGUAAGGGUUUCUGUAUUUUUUUUAUUUUUUAUUUUAUUCUCUCAUUGCUGGAAACAAAAAUACCAGCUCAGACAUCUGUGAUUAUGACUCUACAUCUACAUGUAUAUAUCUCUUAGAAUCUAUUUAAUUCCUAAUUUAAAUGGGGGGGGGGGAAAGUGGAAUACUUGCAUAAUACGUAAUUAUUGUUAAGUGUUUUGUUUUUCCGUUCGCUUUAAAUCCCCUUCACUGUAAUCUUUUAUAGAGCCUUAGAAUGUUUGAAUUUCUUUAACAUUUUUUUUUUUUUUUUUUUUUAGCUCCCAAAUUGAUGAAAUGACUCGAGAGAUGACUGCCAUACAGGAGUGUUAUAUAGCCGUGUGUAAAGAGAAGGAUUCUGUGGAGGAUACAAUACGAGAGAGCAUGAAAGCAGAACUGAAUAUAGAAGAAGAAAAGGUACAUUUGGAAUCAAUGUAAAACAAAUAAAAUCUCUUAUUUUAUUUAAUUUUUCCUCACAUUCAACACUGUCCCUGGCUAUGAUUUUUCCCAGCAUCCAGUAGAAUUGCAUUAUAAAUGUUUUGGAUGCUUAGAAAGAGCCACAUGCAAAUGUUGGCCUAAGCUGUAUAGACCAGCAGCGUGUUUCGCUUUAUUUAUUUAUUUUUUUAAACUGAAGGGGAGUUUUGUAACUUUUUAUAAAUGUUUCCUUACCAGACAUUUCAGAAUGCAAUUGUAAUAUUUCUAUGGUUUUAGAAUUCUUACCUCCCAACAUUUCAAAUGGACUGUGAGGCACUCUCAUUUUAGGGAUGUGAGUAGAGUGUGGCCAUGGGGGUGAGGCUGUUCUGAGAAAUUUUAGGUGAUUUACGAAUACGUUUAUGCAACUGAAAUGUAAUUUACAAUCAUGCGUUUUAUUUACACAUACUGAUUUCUAAACACAUUACUGGAAGCUCUGUUAAACACUCAGACACACCAACAAUAUGGAGCUUCUUGAAAAGAGAGACAUUGGGGUAGAAAAGAGGAACAGAGGUAUUUGAGACAAAAAAUAGGGACUGCCCCUCCUAAACAGGGACACUUUGGAGCUAUGUAUAAAUGCAUGUGUUUGUGUGUGUGUAUGCAUAGAUAUCUAGAGAAAGUUUGUAAUAUCAGUCCAUCUCUUCCACCCUACUUAGGUGUAGGGUGCAUGUACACUCAAGUCUGUAUAUGGUUGAGAUGAAUCUACUUAUAGUAAUUUGGAUAGUUGUCCUGCAUAUUUGCAAAUUAUGUAGUGUAUUUCAUACGUAAACAUAUACCUUACAUAAAAAUAUACAUAUUUAUUUUGCAAUUUGGUGGUUUGUUUGGUUUUCCCAGUUCAAAGAUACAUUGCAGAAGGAAUCCGAAAAGGCUAUGCAGUCUCUAAAAUCCCAGCUAGACCAUCAACAUCAAGCUGCUCUGUCUGAGGCCAAGGCUCAGUGGCAGAGAGAAAAAGAACUUGAACUGAAGCAACAUAUUGCAAUCAUAAAAGAAAACUGGAUUAAGGAACAGCAGCAGGUACAUUACUUAAUGACAUGAAACCUGUUGGCACUGUGAUGAUUAAAAUGUACUUGGCUAACCCUUGGCAUGAAAGACUUGUGUACUCAACUAGUGCUAGGUUAAACUAGUGACUAGUUAUUUACUCAAUGCAUUUCAGUAAAUAUUAAGCAUUUUGCAGCAUAUCUAACCAUGAUUAAACUCAUUACAAAGAGUUAUGUAAAACGACCAAAGCAUGUGUAAUAGGAAUCCCUGCUAUGUGAGAGCAAUAUGAGACAGUCACGUGUUCCAGAUAGAUAAAAGUCUGAUAUCUAGAGUCCUGAUCCCUAAUAAUAAUGAAGAUGGGAGUCUAGAAUCACAAGAAAAAAAAAUAAAGAGCAAAAGAGUUGAAACAAAAAAGGAGAGGGGUAUGGGGUUUGAAUAAUAUUGGCCAAACACAGCCUAAACCGCAAGGUUUAUGUGGGGAAACUGGGAGUUCUGUCUUCAUAUGUAGAUCACCAGAUGGAUGGGUAUACGUUGACAGGCUUAUUUAUUUUGUACCGUUAUCCAGCUAGAUAUUCUGAUUUAAGGGGAAAAAUGGUUUUCUGUAAGGUGUUUAGACCUUUUUAAACCUAAUGCAUCAUACAAUGAAACCAUGAUUUGAUGCAUGUAUAAAAUGUGUAGCGGGCACUGACAUAUUGAUAAUCGUGUUCCAAUGAUUCCCCGCAUACUUCCAAUUGGCAAUACUAUUGGCGAUAGCAGAGAAUUUUGAAAAAUCAUAUCUGCUUACACCAUUUCACUGAGAUGAGCAGGGAUGGAUAAAACCAAAAAUGUAUAUUUAAAUAAAUACAUUAAUGUUGCCUUAUCGUUCUUUAUAUUAGUGAAAAUUAGCAAACUGAACGAUAUAUUAAAUUAUAUGAUAAACUGACACCCAUUUUUGUGUAUACUGGAUUAAAAAUCCGCAUACACUCUUAGUCUAUGCAUAUGCAUAAAAUAUAUUAGACGUUUCUUUCUGUCUACAAAACACUAUCUACUAUUUUCUUUGAUAGAUUACUGAGUGUGCUAUUCGGGAUGUUGAAAAGGAAUGGCAGCACAAACUUGAUCAAGCUUUAAAAGAUGCCAAAUCAAAGGUGAUGCAAAAAGUAGUUGAGAAUUCUGUUCAGACAGAGCAGACGCCAAGUACCAAAAACGUGUUGGAGUUAGAGGUUAAACUACAGGAAGCUCUAGAAGACAAAGACAGAGCUGUCCGUGAAGCUCGCAGGGAACUUGAAUCACAAUAUCAUGAGGAUAUUUCCAAGCAGGUACUUGAUAUGGAUGUUAUUUGAUUACUCCAAGUGUUCCCCUGUGGUGUAACAUUGUUUUGUUAGUCACUGUUUCACCCUGCAUCUCUGAAUGCUUUGACUUGCUUAAUCACUGUGAGUUAGUCUGAGUUUAGUGAAAUAGUCAAGUAAAAACUCAACGAGGGGGAAGGGGUCAAAGUGUAGAUGAUUUUUUUUUAUUUUUUAUUAUAUAUAUUUUUUUUAUAUAUAUAUAUAUAUAUAUAUAUAAUCUUUUUUUUCUUUCUCCAGUUUAGUAAAUAGCUUCAAUGUUGUUUUGUUUUAUUUUUAAAUUAUAUUUUUGGACACUAAAUAAUUGAUUUAAAAAUAAAUAUUAGUGUUCUAAUUUUUAAUCAUGGCAUUUAAAUACUGUUUUUGAUCUUUUUUAUUAGGUGGAAUUGGCUCUAACAAAAGCUCGUACUCGGUGGCUACAAGAACUCACUACCUUGACGGAAUAUAAGACCAACCUUAAAUUGGAACAGGAGAAAUGGGAGCAGCUCCAUGAGCUUCAAGUAAAAAAACAGGUAAUUCACUAUAAUAAAAUCUGCACUGCCAUUGUUUGUUGUGUUUUUUAGUUUUUUUUUUCUGCAAAACUUGUUUAUAAACUAUACAUACUAAUUCUAUAUAUAAAUAACCAUGCGUAGAAUGCCCAUAUUUUUAUAUUUAGAUCUAUAGCUUGUUAUGGGCACCACAUAUAGUCUGAAGUCAUGAAGUCAUCAUUGUAAAUGUGAUGGGAGGAGCUACACUUUCACUGUAUGUUAGUUUGCUCCAACUACAUUUAUUUUAUUGUUCUUCUGUUUGAGCUCUCAUACAGUUCCCUUUUUUUAUGUAUUUUUUUUGUUUUUUUGUUAACAGAAGCAAAAUAUUUAAAGGAACACUAUCCCCAAAAACUUUUUUUUUUUUUGGUGACACAAAUAGUUUGAGGAGUUCUUUUAGAUUUAGGGACUCCCCACCCCCCCCUUUUAAGAAGAAGAAGAAGAAGAAAAAAAAAACUCCUCAAUUAACACUUUACUCACUUGUAAUCCAAUGUGGAGACCGCCUCUUCUCUGCAGCCUGAUCAGUCUCUGCUGAUGCAUCAGGCUUGAUGAUUUUGUCUAAUCAAAUGUUUCUCACAGAGAAGGAUUGUGAAUGUGUAGCACAUUUUGGGUUUGAUUUAGUUCUGGAAGUAAAAGCACCAUCUAGUUGCUGUCAGGGUGAGUUAGAAGCUGGAGGUGUGUGUUUAGACCCGCCGUGUAAACAUUUCCGGAUCUCAGAAAUAGCUAUGUUUUACACUGUGGGAGCAAAACAUCAGGGACGUGUACCGCUGCAUCGGAAAAUGUAUGACUUUAUGGGUACCACCGAUGUCUACAUCAUCUCAUCUUUAAAAAUGUCCUUUUAUUGUACUGGUAACAUAAAAUAUAUAUAUAUAUAUAUAUAUAUAUAUAUAUAUAUAUAUAUAUAUAUAUAUAUAUAUAUAUAUAUAUAUAUAUAUAUAUAUAUAUACACAAACACACACAUUUUUAUUUCUGGUGACUGAUUAGAAAUAUGGUCAGCAUUUACAGGAAUCAAAAAAAAAUAUAUUUUUCAUUCUUUAGAUAUUGGAGGCUGUGGCUGCAGCUGAAGAAAAUUGGAGGACAAAAGCUGAAAAGGAUGACUUUAGCUUAAAACAAAAAGAAUACGAAGAGAAGCUUGCGUUGACCCAAAAGGAUUUGGAACAAAAGAAUGAAGAAUAUCAGGCGCUGUUAAAAGCUGAACUGGCAAAGGCACGCACUCAGUGGAAUAAAGAAAAGCAGGAAGAAAUGCAAAACGUUCAGGCCCGUAAUGAAGAUGAUUACCGGGCAUUUUUAGACUCUCAUCGCACUAAAAUCAAUGAGGUUCUCUCUGGGGCUAAAGCAGAUUUUGAAAACCAGAAGGCUGAGCUGAUUGCUCAAAAAGAGGCUGAAAUGAAAGAACAAUUAAAUCAGAGCUUAAAACAAUGGGCUGCUGAAACCUCCCAGAGAUUGCAUGACCAUGAGAAUAAGAUCUUAUCAGAAACUGAACUAAUUUUGGCUGAAAUCCAUGAUGAAAUGUUGGAUAAACGUUUAGAGAAGGGCAGAUUGAGUGGGUUGAACAGUUCAGACUUCCCAUUUGUUGAUAAGCUAAGAUCGUGCCUCCAGAGAGCCAUAAAGGGUAUUUUCUACAAAGUUCUGACAAAUGCGAAGCAAGAAUGGAAUCAGGUAAUUACCUUUAAUAAAGCAUAAUUGGUCUGACAUGUGGGAAACGCAUACUGCACUGUAUCUGUUCAGGGUCAGCUUUCCCUUCUCCUCAUCACUUUCUUCAUAUCAACUUCCUGAAAUGUCAUCUGCACUCUUUCCUCAUGUCACUUGUCGCACAACUUGUACAUGUUGCUUAUGACCACCCCCAUCAGCUGGUGGUCUUACCUACAGUGGCUCUAAUCAUAUCUAUUUCCAUUGCUGUCUCAUCUCCUUCCUAUUUGAAUUUUAUUUUUAUUAUAAGCUACCUUCUAAUUUGUCGGCCUUUGCAGUAUUGGGCAGUACCCAAACCUGUGCUUCCUCUAGUUUUGAUUAGCAUAACUCCCCUGCACGCUGCUUGAUGUAGGUGCUAAAAGACAACCUCAUGCAGCUGCCCUGCAUUAUUAUAGCAUGGACCACAAGGGAAGCUAUAUACAGUACUGUGAGAGGCACAACUCCAUGCUCGUGGCCUAGUUACUGUAUAUCUGGUCAUGUGAUCUAUGCUCACAGGGAUUCUAGGAACCUGAAAGUGUCCCAUUAGAAGCUGUGCAGCCAUCUAACAGGCUCGUAACCGGUCUGGCUGUAUGUUAAAUAAAAUUGCUGCUUUGAUGAGAGAGGGAUUGUUGUGGUUCUCUGCCAUUUACUAAUCCUAUUUGGGAUACUGCACUCUGAAAUCUGUAAUUCCUUGCAUAGACCAGUUAAAACCUUAAGGACACAUGACGGAAAUAUUCAGUCAUGAUUCCCUUUUAUUUCUGAAGUUGUGUCCUUAAGGGGUUAACACCUGUGUGACUCCACUAGUGUAAUGUAAAUGGCCAACGCGUGACUUUAAUUUGAGGUUGCAAAAGUGUAUACAAAGAAUAUAUUAAACAUAUUAUGUGUAUUUUCCAGUAAUGUAAAUGAUAGAAAAUGACUCUCUUAACAGUCAGUUGAUAUCCCACGUGAUGUAUCAAUUCAGUAACUAUUUACCUCGAUUCCAGAAACUUGAUGCAGCACAGACAAAUCAUGACCUCAGCGUCCAAUCAAGUGAGCAGGAAAGGUCCAGCAUUCCAUACAGCGGCAUGCAUAAAACUACAAAGAAGAACCAUUUGGACUAUUCAAGCAAUGGUAUAUUUAUUUUUAUUUCAUGUUUAAGAUGUACAUAAGGGCUUGACGAGGGAGUGUGUGUGUGUGCUAUUUUACAGAUAAAGAACAUUCGUUCCAUCCUUGCUGCAUUUUCUUUUCCUGAUCAAUCGCUAUUGCAGCAUUAUGAAAGGGCUGCUACUCCCACUUACAGCAGCAGAACUAGAUACAGAACUCUUGCUAUUAUAAAUAGUACUCCUAAUCCCAUAAAAGAGGGGUAGAAUCAUAAUGCUGCUAUAGUGAUUGAUCAGGAAUAUAAAACUGUAGCAAGUAUAAAGAAUAAUCUAUAUUCCUGGCAGUAAGCAUGAACUUAUGGGAAUACCAGAGUUAAAUCUAGAAUGUCACAGUACUUUAAAGGGACACUAUAGAGAUCAAAACUUUUAACGUACUAAAAUGUUAUGACCUGCUAUAUUCUAGCUAUCUAGGCUAAUAUGAAAAAAUAAGAAAUUGCCAGCUGUUGAAAAUGGUGUCAACUUGUGUUCUGCUAAAUGUAAAUUAUAGUGUUUUAAUACAAAAUACAAGCACAAUUAAUUAUCUCAAAUCUUCAUAUCCCGCAGGCAGCUUUCAAACCAGUGUCAGAAACGGUGACACUGUUAAAAGAAAAGAUGACACCCACGACUGUUCACGCUGUGAUUAUUGUUUGCGUCAGAUUGAGAAAUUAAAGAAAGAGUGUCACGAACUGCGCAGCAAACUCGACAAAGCUUGUCGGCACCUUCAGCAAGCUGUGAAAGAGCAGAAGCUCAAAGCAGAGAAAAUCAAAGGUAGGGGGCUGAUAGUGUUAAAAUAUUAUCGCUAUAUAAAAUGUGGCUAUCUUGUCAUUAGAGCAGAUUUACAUUUGUUAGUUAUGAGUGUUGCAAACUGCUGGCAUUGGUUGUAUUUGCAAACCAUGUCAUAAGAAUUUGUAUAGGGUUAUCGGUACAUGUAACAGAAAUUAUUCCUUUUCAAAACAGGAUUGAACUUGUAAAAAAAAAAAAAAAUCUGAAACACAUUAUACAAAUGUUAUGCUUUUUACUGUCAGAAAAUGAAACAAUCGCAGACAAAUUAAAGCAAGAAAACACCAAAUUACACCAAAAGCUUGAAGAAGAAAUGAAAACCACAAAGACACAGACCAGGUAAAUACCUAUUUAAUCAUCUUUGAAUUAGAUGUAACCACUGGGUCAUAGAGCAUUAAGAAGCUAACAUUUUAGGGUUUCUUUCCCUAUAUAUUCAAAUUAGGCAUGCAUGGACCGUUCUGAAAUGUCAAAGCUAAAGAGAAAAACACACGUGAUAUCCAAAAGAGACUUGGGGAAGACAUUAAAGCAGUUUAAAAAUUGUCUAAAAUAAAAAAAAAAAUUGCUGCCGCAGGUACGAGCAGCCUCAUGUUCCCAGGAAUUAGAAGGAGCUUCUGUUAGUUCCUGUGAGAUGGCUUCCUCGUUCUCCUACUCGUGUGCAUUGCUGCUCUAGGCAUCUAUUUAGUGUGUUUAUUCCUUUGAUGUCAGCUGUCCAUAAAUGACAGCUGACGUAAAUUGAAGAGCUUAGCAUUUAUGCUGGUUGUGCUUUUUUUUUUUUUUUAAGUUUUACAUAAUAUAAAGUAUUAUCCCCUUCAUAUGAUCUUUUUAAGCAACAGGCUGUUUUUAUUUAAGAAUGAAGUCCUUUUAAAAAAACACUUCAGGCACAAUAACCACAACAGCCAGGUUUAUUCCUUGAAGAGACCGUUUCUUUAAAACAGUGAUGUAACACUACAGAAGAGUGAUGGUUAUCUUUGGCUCUGCAAGGCUGGUGUAUCCACACAGGUGUGAGACGGAGAACAUUUGUGGGCAAGGCGUGGAUCAUACAACUGUUGCAAUGUGCAUUUAAGUUCAGUCAAACAGAUUUCCUCCAAUUCUUUUCCCCUAAAGUUAUCUCUUAUAUUUGUGUUUUGUCAUUUUAGUUUUCAGCCAGAAGCGGGUUCUGGAAAUGGCUGUGCUCUUUGCAGAGGAAAUGCCUUAGAAGAAAUGCGUGCUCAGUACAUCAAAGCUGUCGACAAAAUUAGAAGUAAGUAGUAUGACUGACUUUUCUUUUCAAAUGCUUUUUCUUCACUUUACACAUAUAUAUUUUUUUAUUAUUUAAAUAUAUUUUGUAUAGCAAACUUUGCAAAAGGUGGAUCCUGAGUUGUUGAUCUGCAAUACACACAGUGCAAAGCAUCGUGUCAGUGAUAGUUCUUUUACAACAGGGGAUCUACCUUUUUGAAAUCCUGUUUUCGAAGAUAGCUCCAGUUUUGUAUUCUGCACUUUCUGCAGAGCUACUUUGCAAUGGAGCUUUUGGUAUGUGUUCCACAUUGCAAAAAGCAUAUGCUACUGGCAGCAUGCUAUACCACACAUAGUCUUGAACCUACGAUGAUGAAAGCAGUGUAUACCUUUUUCGUUUUAGUCCAUAAACAUCUUUGAAGAGUUUUUUUAUUUUUUUAUUUUACAAAUUUACAGCAAUUGCCCUGAAGUCAAAAUAGUUAAACAAAUACUUAAGCAAAAUCAGUCUGCUUCAGAUUUUGUAUUUGAGAUAUCCUUUAAAGGACCACUAUAGGCACCCAGACCACUUCAGUUUAAUGAAGUGGUCUGGGUGCCAGGUCUUGCUAGAGAAACUGCUAUGUUUAUAUUAGGGUUAAUCCAGCCUCUAGUGGCUGUCUCUUGACAGCCGCUAGAGACGCUUGCGUGCUUCUCACUGUGAAAUUCACAGUGAGAAGACGCCAGCGUCCAUAGGAAAGCAUUGUAAAUGCUUUCCUAUGAGACUGGCUGCACGUGCAGCUCCUGCCGCGCAUGCGCAUUCAGCCAAAGAGGAGGAGGAGAGCUCCCCGCCCGGCACUGGAGAAAGAGGUAAGUUCAACCCCUUCCUCCACCCUCCGCACCACGGGAGUGGGACCCUGAGGGUGGGGGCACCUUCUGGGCACUAUAGUGCCAGGAAGACGAGUAUGUGUUUUCCUGGCACUAUAGUGGUCCUUUAAUAUAUAUGUCUCUAUGAAAUUUAAUAAUGUUGUUGUUUUUUUACAUACCAAUUGCUAGGUGUUCGGUACAGGAAUUAGUGUCUUGGACAUGUAAAUCGCAGCAAGGUUGUUAGAAAUUGUAUUUUCAGAUAUAAAAGAUUAGAUUGUGUUUCACACACAGCAAACCAUCUUAAACUGUGUUAAUACAAAUAUAUCAUUAUACCUCAAAUAACCAUAUUGAAUCUAUACUGCAGUAGGUGGUUUGAAUUACUUAUUAUUUUAAUACUUUAAUUAAAUAGAUGAUAUGCUUCGUUACAUUCAUGAAAGUAAGGGAAGGGCAGCCGAAAUGCUGAAAUAUGAGGUCUUACGAGAACGCCAAGAAACUGCUCGGAAAAUGCGCAAAUAUUACCUGACCUGCCUGCAGCAGCUACUGAAAGAUGAUGGAAAAAAUGAGGGGUAAGUGUUGUACAACACAAUAGCCGCUUUUAUUAUUCAUAUCAUUUCAUUAUAAAAAGGACUCGCUGUGUUUCGAAGUAAAGGCAUUUUUAAAUUAAUCAUGAAAACCGCUAUUUCUUAUAUUGUUAGUUUUCUUUUAUACAAAUGUAAAACUCUGCCUUUCUGAGGUUAAAUUAUGUCACAAUUUCCUUUUGAAAAUGUUCAAUUGGUGCAUUUGAUGCAAUUGUAUUACAUUUCACAGUUUUGUAUUUUUUUUAGUUUUUUUUUUUUUUGAAAUUGUGUGAUGACACGUUUGCCAUCAUUUAGUCAGCAGCUAUUUCCAUUUUUUUGACAGUGCUGAAAAGAAAAUCAUGAACGCUGCAAGCAAACUCGCCACUAUGGCCAAAGUUCUAGAAACCCCCAUCUCCCAAAAAUGUCAGAGCAAAAAUAUGCGAACAGGUAUGGGCAAUUCAUCUUAUCAAGCACCUCAAAUCUUGCAAACCCUGAUGCUCUGUUUCUAUGUAGAUCUCCUUUUUCGUUUUGAAAUUCGACAGUAUAGUCAGGGUUUUGUACUAAAAUAAGAAUAGCUGGGGUAUUCAUAGUGGAUUACAUUUUUAUAGCUAAAGUCGCUCAACUGAGAACCAUAGCUGAACCGGAGAUUUUUUCUGAUUAGACUAUUCGCCUUAAAUUUUAAAUUUACUUUGAAUCCCUGGCAAUUCUCACUUUAGUGAAAGACAACAAGUGUGUUUUAGUUAUGUAUUGUUGUCAUUCUCUGUGGGAUAGUUUGACGGUCUGGCAUUUGCUGUACAUAAAAAAAAAAAAUUAAUAAUAAAUAGUAGUAAUAAUAAUAAUAAAAAAAAAAUUUCUAAGCUCUGCAAUAUCUACAGUGAGCUCUGCCUGCCAAUCGUGAUACAUUUCUAUUGUAAUAACUAAGCUCAUUCCAUUAAUUCAGGCACUGAAAGGGUUUGUGGGAAUUGUAGUUCAGUUAUCAAUGUUCUACUAUAAAUAGAGUGCACAUACAUUUUGUUUGGUUAGGUAUAGUCUUUCUGUUUGAGGAAGACACCUGCAAAAUUUGUACUCAUGCUAAUAUUUGUAAAGACACUUCCUUACACCUGGGACUGUACCCAGCGCUAUAGUUAUUAGGAAGGUUGGCUGAAUAAUGUAAAUUCAGAGCCUGCAAGGGGGAUAGUCACCUUGUGUUGUGUGGUGUUUUUUUUUUGUUUUGUUUUUUUUGGCCCUGUAAUAAUGCUGAUCUUUAGCCACUAUGGCUUUAACCUUUUACUUCGAGUCAUUCUCUUUUAAACAUUUUAAUUUUAACACCAUAUAUUGGUGGCAGAAGUCAUUGCUGACUAUCCCCAAUCCCAUGUGUACACAGGCUUGGUUUUAUGCCCAAACUGAAAGUGAGAUCAAUAUAAAAUGGGAAUGUACUGUCCUCAAUGCUCCAUAAUUCCUUCCUUUGCUCUGGUCUGCUUCUCAAGCUUGGACACAGGAUACAGAUGCUGUCCUACUAAGCCACACAUUAGGAAAUCUCCGCUGUCUCUUUGUACAUGAAAGAGAAGCUGAUGGUAAAGGGGGAGGGUUAGAUAACUGUCCGGAACAGGGCUUAUGUGUGCCCCAUACAAUUUUUUUUUUUUUUUUUUUUUUUCGUGAAGGCGACUGUAUGCAUAUGUCCUACCCACUUAUACAUGAUGAUGACUUCUUGGAAAUCUGUAAGAUAUUAGCACAGUGAAUGGUUUUGCACUGUGACUCUGGUAUUUUAUCAUUUUUAUUGACUCUGACACGCAACUGGUAUGUUCUUAAAUAAAUGUGUUUUUACAUUUAUUGCAUAUUUUAGGAUCAUUAAAAGGCACACAAUGCCAUUUUAUUGCUAAUUUGCUUUCUGCUAAUAUUUCUGAAAAAAAUUGUUUCAAAUAAAACACAGACCUUCAGUUUAUGUACCUUGUUUUAUUUAAGUUCCUCUAAACCGCAAUUUCUAUAUAUUUUUUCUUUUACAUUUUUUCCUUUAUAUAGUUUUGCAUUCAGUGUUAAAUAAAAAGCAGCUAUAUAUCCGUACAUGGGUAUGUUCAUGAACGCUGUCGGUUGCAGAGACACUGUGGUAGCCAUAAUUUCCUAAGUUGGACAGCAGUGGUUGGCUGAGAAUGCUCGACUAAGCUGCUACCAAUGCUGUUAACCGCAGUCCUCAGAAUUCUUUUCUCUACCCAUAAACCCUGCUUACUUGAUGAUCUCACCAAUGCUUCAGAAAGAUAUCAAUGUAUUUUUCCUAAAGGGAUGUUUAUUGUGACGUAAAAUGAUCUAUUAAUAUGACUUGUCUAUCCAUUUUCAAUAGCAAUGAUGCUUGCAAACGGUGACUUGCCUGCGACUGAACAAGAUAAAGAUGGUUCACUGCAGACUACACAUCCAUGGACAAGUAACAGACAAAUGGAUCAAAACAUAGAACAAAACACCAUGGAUGAGUUAAUUAAGAGGCACAAGAGAGAGAAAUCUGAAGGAAGCAAACCACUUUACGAAGAAUUAGCUCCCCCAAGAAAUGACUACUUCUCUCCAAAGCAACUUACAGACGAUUAUCCAGACAUUAACGUUACUAACUCACGUACGUUAUAUUCUGUGACUUCUCAGUUUCCCACCCAGACAUCUUUGGAAAAUACCAAGGGAUUUGGCUGUGUUGAUUCAAAAUCUCAGUCUGAGCAUGUGGCAUUUCACGGUAAAGGUGAACCAACUUUUUUACAAGGUCUUAAAAAUUACAAUUGUGGUGGUGGUGAUUUAAAUGCCAAAUCAGAUAAGCAGAGGUUUGACCUUCAGGAAACACCUGUGCGGGAUGAAAAUGCAAGUAAUGACUGGAGCUGUGUUGGUGAUAAACGUCUGGUUCCGUUACAGUCUGCAAUGUACUCAUCAAACAGCCUUAAAACACAGCAACAGAACAGCAAUAAUCCAGAAUGUGUUCCUGCAGUAGGUUUGAGUUCUCUUGCACAAGGAAGUCGUGAUCCCUCUGGCAGCGUAUCUGAAGUUCAGAAUUACUUUGCACGGGCUGUAAAACAAAAAGAUCAGCCUGUUCGUACACAGCAUCCUAAUAAAAAUGUUGGACUCCAUCUUGCAGCUGUGAAAAACUGUGCUGAUCCAAAGCUGUAUUCAGAUGUAGGUCGUGAAAACAAACUGCCUUCAAGGAAAUUAUUCCAGAGCUAUGUGUCCCCCCAGCAAGACAGUGGGUUUGAUAGCCCGUUUUCUAGAUUGUCCUAG